GUCGCAACAUCGUUUGUUGAACUGGAGUUGUUCGCGGACGAAGAAUCUCGAAAGGAAUCCAUUGAGCUAUUGCGCAGCUUGCAGUCGAGCUUUUUUACCUAUUAAUUCGACACGAUGUCUGACUACGGUGGUGACCAUGAGGAGGAGACCUACGACUACGAGCCCGCAGAGGAAGUCGACGACCUUGAGCCCGACGAUUUCGUGAACCCCGAGGACAUUGAGGGCCAGGAAGAAGGCGACGAGUCAUACGCGCCCAACGUCGACGGCGACCAAGUUGUUGUCUCGGGCGAUCCCAAUGCCGGUUAUUCAGGCAAAGUCAUGGAACAAGCUCGGGAGAAGAAAGUCCCUAACGAGCAACGAGCGACUACCCCGUACAUGACUAAGUACGAGAGAGCGCGUGUUUUGGGUACAAGGGCUUUGCAGAUUAGUAUGAAUGCUCCUGUGCUCGUGGAUCUUGAAGGCGAAACGGACCCGUUGCAAAUUGCUAUCAAGGAACUCAACCAGAAGAAGAUUCCUCUGAUUGUGCGGAGAUAUCUGCCAGAUGGAUGGUACGAGGACUGGACAUGUGAAGAGCUGCUUUAAUCUGCAAUAUAUGGGUGGUUUAUUCGGGAUUUGACAUGUUUGGUGUGUAUGUUCAUAUCUUUCCUUUUAUUGGAGCAUAGCGUUUGGAGUUUGGGAGUCGGGCAGACCAUUAGAAAAAAAAGAAGAAUUGAAAAAGAAUAGAAAAUGAAAAGUUAAUACAGACAGUUUCUAAUCCAGGUGAAGAAGAAAGGAGAG